UCAGUCACCGCAAGCGAGUUAAUGAGCCAAGAUCACAUUUCUCUAGUAGAGUAGCUGUAACAGCGCUUCCGCGAGGGCAGUACAGAAUACAGANCGAUAGUAUAGAAUUACUUGGCGUAGUUAAGUUCACUCAAUACCGCCUGGUCAGAUAUCCCACGCGAUUCCGAUGCCACCAAACGUGACACAGCAGGUCAUCGUUACAGCCCGUCACACAAAGACAGACAAUGUCCCCGCGCACAGACACGAAUACACGGAGCGUAGCGUCGAACCGACGGAGAAACGAGCAGCCCCCGACGGCGGCUGGGGGUGGGUCGUUGUCGCAGCUGCUACGAUAUGCUUUGCCUUCACUUGGGGUCAACAGAAAGCUUUCGGAAUUUACAUGAUAGAUAUCAUGGAUAUGCUAGGCAGUAAUGUCAUGCAUACGUCUACGAUUGGAGGCCUGAACACUGCUUUAUCAUAUCUUUUCGCGCCUCUGGCGAGUGUCAUAUAUAAGAAGUACGGUGCCCGGCGCACGUGCAUAGUUGGAGGUUUGCUCGCUGGAUCAGGACUGAUCCUUGGUUUCGUCACGAACAGCCUAAUCAUCCUCUACAUCGGCAUCGGCGUCAUAAACGGCGUCGGUAUUGCCAUCAUUGUCAUCGCUUCAUUUUCGAUAGUCAACGAAUAUUUUGACAAGCGUGGCGCCAUGGCUACGGCUAUCUGCGUAACCGGUGCAGGCGUGGGCAGCUUGACAUGGCCACCGCUCACCAACAUUCUCGUGGAGGCGUACACGUACCAGGGAGCUUUCCUCGUAACCGGUGCCGCCGUACUUAACGUGAUCGUCUGCGGCCUUCUAUUCCGACCGCUUACCGAGCCAAGGCGAGCAGUCGCGCCGUCGACGACAGCUACAGGAAAUCAACGUGAUGAUCAACUAAACCAACGUGUCUCUAUCGUCGAAGUCGAUGCAAAGAUGGCUUCACGGAUGAAAUCGGUAGGGCAGCCUCAGAGCGAAGCCGGGCGAAGCGAGGAGCAUUUUCCCAGACUGACCGUUCCCAACGGGGAGGCUGGCUCACCGGCAACGUUAGAGGCUCAGCUGUGGGGAGAUCGCGAACGCUACAUGGAAGAUUGCGUUGACUGGUCUAAUAACGACGGUAGCCAAUCUAUCGGAAACACUGGGAUGAGUGGCAAGAAUGGAGCUACGACACCAGGCACGGCAGCUACUGUCACAGGCCAGCGUCAUAAUGCGGAAACGCAGGAAAACGCCGAGGGAUUCCAUCACCAAAAUUAUUUUACUGACGAUGGGCCUCUGACGUUUACCGUUUAUAAUAUCUAUGAUGACGCAAUGCCGAUUCGGAUAGACACGCAGCUAGACGAUAGUGUGUCGAGCGAAGGCGGUAUGUGCCCCGCAGAUAAAUACAGACGAAAUAGCUUAGACUAUGUAAGCAGUCCGAUGACAGUCGAACAACGAGUGGCACAUCUCCCGGUAACCGAAACAUCGGAAUAUCAAAAACCACUCACGGAAAUCGUUAGUCAGGUUCUUUCUCAGCAAUCCCAAGACGUAGACAAUGAUAAGCGAGACAACAGGGAAGAAUGUUCGGUUCCGGUGGUCUAUCAAAGCGUACAGGACCCGUUGAAAUUGAUCACGGUAGACUUUGACAGAGCUGAUCAAAGAAAUAACAUGCGCGUGGGGCGAUAUGGCAGCAGUAAUGACCUGUUGGAUAGCGAUGAACUAUCACAAACUUACAAUGGCACGACUGCCAGAGACGUGGACUGUAUAAGCCGCAAUGCGUACGUAAAUCCUGCAUUCACCCACGAUAUUACUGACACUGACGACAUCGUUAAGAAAACUCCGCCACUUGCGGUGAAAAAGAAAGCGCGUCUGAUAUCUACGAAACUCUUCAAAAGCGUUCGAUUCUGGAUAAUGAUGCUCAGUUUUAUCCCAAUCGAUUUCGGCUAUACCACCAUUAGUCUUUACUUACCGAUAAAGUCGGUUGAGAUCGGAGGAAAGCAGGCAAACGAGUCGACAGCAGUGACACUCUUAUACCUAGUCGAUACGGCUGUUAGAAUUCUACUAAGCAUUGCGUACAACGCGCAGUUCUUUCAGUCACACGCCAGGCGCCAACUCGCCUACUGCAUCUUCACGUUGCUUGCCGGUAUUGGCUUCACGCUGUUGAUGUUUGUACAGACGAUGGGACUAUACUUGAUUGCGUCUGGAAUCAUCGGAGCUUGCACGGGUUCGAUGAUAUGCGCAAGCUGGGUCGUCAUGAGAGACGUCGUUGGAUCGGCCAGAUACACGGACGCCUAUGGACCCUGUGCGCUUGAAGCCACAAUUCUUGAGGCGCCCAUAUUAUUCGUUCACGCCAUGAUACUAGGUAAUUGUAGCGUGUAUCUAAUAGUUUGA